AUGGUGAGGGGCAUCUUCAGCCUGCGCCGUGGCGUCACGGGCAUCUUUGUCUUCAUCUUCUUCGGCCUCAUCAUCACCGCCUCGUACCUGCUCGAGGAGGGCCAGAGCUCAGAGUUCCUCAAGAACCUGCCCAUCUCGAAUCUCGGCGCCACCACCCCGGGCGGCAACAAGGGCAACCCAGGCAAUGUCGCUGCCAACGGCCGGCCGCCCAAGCGUCCCAACAACGGCCAUCCGGCCCCGAAGAUGAAGCCCGUUCCGACUCACGUCCCGCCGCCCAUCAGAGACCCGUUCCCGCUCCUCGAGCGCGGCGAGCGCCCCCCGCCGAUCCCCUCGUACAACGUGCCCCGUCACGAGAUGCACCACGAGUACGGCCUCGACUACGUCCCGCCGCUCUUCAUCGGUUUCACUCGCCAGUGGCCGAUGCUGCUGCAGUGCGUGGUUUCGUACAUCACUGCCGGCUGGCCGCCGGAGUCCAUCAUCGUCGUCGAGAACACGGGCGUGCAGUUCUCGAACCGGCAGGGCAAGCUCUCACUCCAGAACCCGUUCUACCUCAACCACGCGGUACUGAAGCGCCUCGGCGUCACCGUCCUGCAGACCCCGGUGCUGCUCACCUUCAGCCAGAUGCAGAACUUCUUCCUGUCCGAGGCGCACAACAGGGCGUGGCCGUACUACUUCUACUCGCACCAGGACAGCCUGGUGUACUCGUUCGAGGACGGCGCCGACACCGUCCACCGCCCCGGCGACCGCGAGUUCGAGUUCUACGACGACGACGAGAAGCACGACAUCAUGAACCCGCCGGCCGCAGGCAAGAAGGGGUACCGCACCAUCUACGAGAACGCGCUGCGGGAGCUCAACACGACUCUGGACCGCGAGGACCACUGGGCCUUCCGCUGGUUCCAGUAUGACCAUCUGACGCUCGUGAACCGCGAGGCCAUGGAUGCCGUCGGCGGCUGGGACAACCUGAUGCCCUACUACGGCAGCGACUGCGACAUGAACGCCCGCCUGGCCAUGGAUGGCUGGACGAUGAAGCACCGCCGCAUCGGCAUCAUCAACGACGUCUCGACGGUCCUUGACGACCUCAUUGUGCUGUACCGCGACAAGAAUGUCGAGCCCAAGUGGACCGACCCAAACCCGCCCGAGGAGAAGCCCAAGGAGGAAGGCAAGGCGGAGGAGAAGCCCAAGCAAGAAGAAGAACAGGAAGCUGCAGCGUCGACGGACGAAGCAGCAGCAGCAGCAGCAGCAGCAGCAGCAGGCGCCACGUCUGAAGCCAUUGAAGGCUCGCUGUCGUACUUCCGCAAGCUCGUCAAGACGGGCAACGACAUGGGCAAGUACAAGUACCGGGACGACGAGUGGCGCAACACGUGGCAGCUCUCCCAGCGCGGCGGGCAGGGCGAGCCGUACUACUACAACUCGGACGGCUUCGCGCAGUCCUUCUGGAUCCUUGCCGAGGCCGGGCGCGAGGUGUACCGGCAGAAGUGGGGCCACGGCGGGUGCGACCUCGUCCAGGAGACGGCGCUCAUCCCGUCGGACGCGUGGCUCGUCGAGCCGGACUGGAUCACGGACGAGCCUGCCGCGGAGAAGCCCAAAGACGGCAGGAGGUGA